AACGGAGGGAGUAAUAAAGAAGAUUAUUUUCUCAUUUUGAUGAUUUACGUUUAUUCCAAAGCAGUAAAUUCAUUUUCCAUUUAACCCACACAACCAACCAAUACGACCUCCCUCCCCUCAUCGUCUUCUCAAACAAAGAAAAACAGAUCUGCUUCCUCCAUUUCCUUCUCCGCCAUAGCAACCAACCAUGGGAGAAAACACUAAUAACCGCACCGAAGCCGAACGUCUCCUCGGCAUCUCCGAAAAGCUCCUCGAAUCUCGAGAUCUAAACGGCUCAAAGGAGUUCGCAAUCUUAGCCCAAGAAACCGAGCCUCUCCUCGAAGGCACCGACCAAAUCCUCGCCGUCGUGGACGUCCUCCUCGCCUCCUCCUCGGAGAAUCGCAUCAACAACCAACCCAACUGGUACAAAAUCCUCCAGAUCGAUGACCCGGAUCAACCCGAUCUGAUCAAGAAACAGUACCGCCGCCUCGCUCUCCUCCUCCACCCCGACAAAAACCGCCUCCCUUACGCCGACCAAGCUUUCCGCUUCGUCGUCGACGCGUGGGAGGUGCUCUCAACGGCUUCCAAGAAGUCUCAGUUCGAUCUUGUCUUCACUAAAGUGGAUCUGAAUCGGAGUAAGAAGAGGAAAGGAGGGAAUGAGGAGAGGAUGAGUACGUUUUGGACGGCGUGUCCGUACUGUUACGCGCUUCAUGAGUAUCCUAGGGUUUAUCAGGAGUAUUGUAUUAGGUGUCAGAAUUGCCAACGCGCGUUUCACGCCGCGAGUGUUCCCAAGUUGCCUCCGUUGGUCCCUGGGAAGGAUGAGUAUUAUUGUUGUUGGGGUUUUUUCCCUAUGGGGUUUGUCGGAGGGAAAGGAGAAGGAGAAGAUGCUAUGAAGUUUCCGAAUUGGAUGCCUCCGGUUUUCGGACAGAGUCCGACAGAACCUGUUGCUAAUGGUAAUGGGGCGGGUUCGUCUCGUGGUGUUCCGAUUAGUUUUGAUGGGUGGUCGGGUGGUGGUGGUGGUUCGGGGAAGAGUGAUAAUAAUGGUGGAGUUGGUUCUGAUGGGAUGCCGAAGAAGAGAGGGAGAGGGAGGCCUAAGAAGAAUGUGUGAUGAUGGUGAAGAUUUUAGAGGAUCAGUGUUUGUAGCUUAAUCUUUUUAUUUUCAUGUAAUUUGUUAAUUUUAAGUUCUUAUAACCUUUAUUAUGCAUUUUUCUACUUCUUUUUUGGGAAAAUUUUCUAUGUAACUUGUUGUGAUCAAGAUACUUGUGUUCUGUCCUCAGUUGACUAUCUUAUUCGGCAUUUCCUUGUAUCAUAUAAUCUGCUUUGAAAAAAUGGUAUGUUUUGAUUGCA